ACCAUCUUUUUCACAUUUGAUUAAAGUUAAAGUUAAUUCUGAAACUUCAUUUUCAUUUUCUGUAAUAUUUUCAAGUCACAAAAUCAAUGGCAUCAAGGAAAGUCUACAAGGAAGACAGAGCAGAAGCAGCUGCAAAGCUAGCUGCAAAAGACAUUGGUGACAUAAACAGAACAAACGAAAGAGAAGAAGGUUACUCACUUAAUUCUGAAACACAGUUUAAACAAGCAAGAGCUGAAGCAGCUGCAAAACUUGCUGCUAAAGAUCUUGAAGAUGUUAACAGAGCAAAAGAAAGUGCAUUUAGUUCUGCAACAGGAUAUUAUCAACAAGAAGAGAAACCAGGUGUUAUUGGUUCUGUAGGUUCAAUGUUGAAAGCUGCUAAAGAUGCUGUAGUUGGUAAGAGUUACGAAGCUGGUGAAAAAGCUAGGGAUACUACAGAUUAUGCAGCUCAGAAAACAAAAGAGAAUACAAACUAUGCUGCAGAGAAAGCGAGGGAAGCGAAAGACACUACUGCGAAUAAAGCAGGGGAGUAUACAAACUAUGCUGCAGAGAAAGCGAGGGAAGCUAAAGACACUACUGCGAAUAAAGCAGGGGAGUAUACAAACUAUGCUGCAGAGAAGGCUAAGGAGGCGAAAGAUGCAACUGUUCAGAAAGCUGGAGAGUGCAAGGAUUAUGCUGCAGAGAAGGCUAAGGAGGCGAAAGAUGCGACGAUGCAGAAGGCUGGAGAAGCGAAGGAUGCUACAAUGAAUAAGGCUGGGGAGUAUAAGGAUUAUACUGCUGAAAAGGCUAAAGAAGGGAAAGAUACUACUGUGGGGAAGCUUGGAGAGUUUAAGGAUUCAGUUAUGGGUUUCUUGACUGGGAAGAAAGAUGAAACUAAGGAAAUGAUGAGUGGAACGGAAGAAGAUGAGAGGAUGGGAAUGGGUGAUUUAAGGAUGGGAGGAAGAGGAGGGAUGGGUAGAGAGAAAGUGGUGGUGAAGGUGGAUGAGAGUAGGCCAGGAGUGGUGGCGGAUGGGCUGAGAGCAGCAGCAGGAAUGGAUAAGGGUGAUACAGGACAUUUGGAGGAAGAAGGCACCAUUCAUGUUGAGCGUCGUCGUGAGAAAAUGUGAUCAUCAUCAUCAUAAUAAUAAGCAAUAUAUUAUAUGCAAUGUUGUUGCUGUUAUGUACUCAUGUGACUGCUAGAUGAUCACUGGUUUUUUUGUAAACAUAAUGUGUUUUGUAAUAAUAAUAUUUUGUGUUGGUUAC